GCGAGGGAAAGAGACUCCGUGCUGAGCACUGGAAGCUCCAGAAGCAGGCUGGUGUCGACAUCAUCCCCAGCAACGACUUCGCUUUCUACGAUCAGGUCCUCGACCACAUCCAGCUCUUCGGUGUAUGUCUAAGCCCCUCUGCUUCAUGCCCAGGCAUCUUGGCUAACAUUCUUCUUCAUAGGUCAUCCCCGAGCGCUACAGCAAGUACGGUCUCGACCCUCUCGAUGAGUACUUCGCCAUGGGCCGUGGUCUCCAGAGACCCGCCAAGGAUGGCCAGGCCGCUGUCGAUGUUCCCGCUUUGGUAUGAUACGCUUCAAAGCAUGUUGGAUACGAUCAAGGCUAAUACUGUCUCCAGGAAAUGGUCAAGUGGUUCGACUCUAACUACCACUACGUCAAGCCUACUCUUCAGGACAACCAGACCUUCAAGCUCGCUGCUGAGCCCAAGCCCGUUGUCCAGUUCCUCGAGGCCAAGGAGGCUGGUGUUGUCACUCGCCCUGUCAUCCUGGGUCCCGUCUCCUUCCUCACCCUCGCCAAGGCCGACCGUGGCCAGACCAUUGACCCCAUCUCCAAGCUCGAGGAGCUCCUUCCCCUCUACGUUGAGCUCCUUGCUAAGCUCAAGGAGGCCGGUGCCGAGGAUGUUCAGAUUGAUGAGCCCGUCCUCGUCUUUGACCUCCCUGCCAAGUCCAAGGCUGCUUUCAAGCCCGCCUACGAGAAGCUCGGUGCCCUUGGUGACAAGGCUCCCCGCCUCGUCCUUGCCACCUACUUCGGUGACAUUGUUCACAACAUUGAUGUUCUUCCUGCUCUCCAGAGCCUCUACGGUAUCCACAUUGACCUUGUCCGCAACCCUGAGCAGCUCGACACUGUCGUCGGUGCUCUCGGCUCCAAGCAGAUUCUGUCUGCUGGUGUUGUUGACGGCCGUAACAUCUGGAAGACCAACUUCAAGGCUGCCAUCGAGAAGGUUGAGCUCGCCAUCCAGAAGCUCGGCAAGGAGCGCGUCAUUGUUGCCACCUCCAGCUCUCUCCUCCACGUUCCCCACACUCUCGAGAGCGAGAAGAACUUGGAUGCUGAGGUCCGUGACUGGUUCAGCUUCGCUGUUGAGAAGCUGUCCGAGGUUGUUGUGAUCGCCAAGGCUGUUACCGAGGGCCCUGCUGCUGUCCGCGAGCAGCUCGAGGCCAACGCCAAGUCCGUCCAGGCCCGUGCUUCCUCCAAGCGCACCAACGACCCUGAGGUCAAGGCCCGCCAGGCCGCCGUCACCGAGGAGAUGCACAACCGCAAGUCUCCCUUCACCACCCGUAUCGCCGAGCAGACCAAGUCCAUCAAGCUUCCUCUCUUCCCCACCACCACCAUCGGAUCUUUCCCCCAGACCAAGGAGAUCCGUGUCCAGCGUAACAAGUUCACUAAGGGUGAGAUCACCGCUGAGCAGUACGAGAAGUUCAUUGAGCAGGAGAUCGAGGAGGUCGUCAAGAUCCAGGAGGAGCUCGACUUGGACGUUCUCGUCCACGGUGAGCCCGAGCGUAACGACAUGGUCCAGUACUUCGGUGAGCGCCUCACCGGUUACGUCUUCACCACCCACGCCUGGGUUCAGAGCUACGGAUCUCGCUGCGUGCGUCCUCCCAUCAUUGUCGGUGACAUCUCCCGUCCCGCUCCCAUGACCGUCAAGGAGUCCAAGUACGCCGUCUCGAUCUCCAAGAAGCCCAUGAAGGGUAUGCUCACUGGUCCCAUCACCUGUCUCCGCUGGUCUUUCCCCCGUGACGAUGUGCACCAGUCUAUCCAGGCUCAGCAGCUGGCUCUUGCCCUCCGCGAUGAGGUUGUUGACCUCGAGGCUGCCGGUGUCAAGGUCAUCCAGGUCGAUGAGCCCGCCCUCCGUGAGGGUCUUCCUCUCCGUGCUGGCACGGAGCGUGAGAAGUACCUCGAGUGGGCCGUCAAGGCUUUCCGCCUGUCCACUGCUGGUGUUACCGACGGUACUCAGAUCCACUCUCACUUCUGUUACUCCGAGUUCCAGGACUUCUUCCACGCCAUCGCUGCGCUGGAUGCCGAUGUUCUGAGCAUUGAGAACAGCAAGUCUGAUGCCAAGCUGCUCAAGGUCUUCAUCGACGAGGCCUACCCUCGCCACAUCGGUCCUGGUGUCUACGACAUCCACUCUCCCCGUGUUCCCAGCGAGCAGGAGAUCAAGGACCGCGUCGAGGAGAUGCUCCAGUACCUCCGCCCUGAGCAGCUCUGGAUCAACCCUGACUGUGGUCUGAAGACCCGUCAGUGGCCCGAGACCAAGGCUGCCCUGAGCAACAUGGUCGCGGCUGCCAAGUACUUCCGCGAGAAGCACAGCAACUAAAUUCUUUUUACAUAUUUAAUCAGCCCAUGAUUGGGGCGACGAUUUUCAACCCGUCGUCUCGGAGAGAACAAUCUGUCGAUUGUUGUCCGUCCAUUUUCUUAUGAUGAGUUUACGAUGUGAUACCAAAAGUUCAACAUAUGGGUUCAGGGUUUCAUUAGAUGGGGUCCCCGGAGUUUUCAACAUGUCUUUAUGACGAUUUCAACAUCGGCGUCUGCAUUAAACAUCAGCGCCAAGAUCUUUAUUUCUGCCUUUUUAACAGCGGGAAUACUCGGUGAUGUCUGGUGCUUCGCCGGUGUCUUACACAUAAUAUUUCAACAAUGUGAUACCACACGAAGAGGUUGCUACUGUACCACCUCUUUGGCAAUUUAAUUUUUUACUUUUCGAA